CUGCCCAGAAGGCCCUGCAGGGACGCGGCCGUUCCCCUCCCCAGCUCCCGGGGCGCGCCGUCCAGCCCGCAGCAUGAGCGCUCCCGCCGCGACCCCUAUCUUCGCACCCGGAGAGAACUGCAGCGCCGCGUGGCGGGCGGCGCCCGCGGCUUACGACGCGUCGGACACGCACCUGCAGAUCCUGGGCAAGCCGGUGAUGGAGCGCUGGGAGACCCCGUACAUGCACGCGCUGGCGGCCGCCGCCGCCUCCAGAGGUAGCCUCCCCAGCCCCACCCAGUGUGUAAGGCGUGGGCUCUCUGUCUGCCCAGGGGGCCGGGUGUUGGAGGUGGGCUUUGGCAUGGCCAUCGCAGCUACGAAGGUGCAGGAGGCCCCCAUCGACGAGCACUGGGUCAUCGAGUGCAAUGAGGGCGUCUUCCAGCGGCUCCAGGACUGGGCCCCGCGGCAGCCACACAAGGUGGUUCCCCUGAAAGGCCUGUGGGAGGAGGUGGCGCCCACCCUGCCAGACAGUCACUUCGAUGGGAUCCUGUACGACACGUACCCGCUGUCUGAGGAGACCUGGCACACGCACCAGUUCAACUUCAUUCGGGACCAUGCCUUCCGCCUGCUGAAGCCAGGGGGCGUCCUUACCUACUGCAACCUCACCUCCUGGGGGAAGCUGAUGAAGUCCAAGUACUCGGACAUCACCACCAUGUUCGAGGAGACACAGGUGCCAGCCCUGCUGGAAGCAGGCUUCCGGCCGGAGAACAUCCACACACAGGUCAUGGAGCUGGUCCCACCGGCCGACUGCCGCUAUUACGCCUUCCCGCAGAUGAUCACGCCCCUGGUCACCAAGCACUGAGCCCACUGGGCCCACCGGCUCAGCUGCCCACGCCACCCUGGGGGCUCUGGGCUUCAGGAACCCCUAACCCCCAGACCCCUACUGAGCGCCUUCGUGGCCGGGAGUGCAGGCUCUGGCCCCUCAGCCCUGGUCCAGACCCACACCAGCCACAUGACAUCAACAAGCUUCCCUAACCUUCUCUGCAAGGGGACGGCCACUACCUUCCUACCAUGGUCCUGAGAAUGAAAUAAACACUAACACUGGGUUUAGCCAAUCA